AAUACGCAGCAGGAUUGGCUAAGCCGAAACUGAUCAGCCUGUGCUGCGCAGACGAAGAGACAACAACUCAAAUACUGUUCAAUUGAAUAUUGUGAUAGUGAGUGAUAUAUUGGUAGUUUUAGAUAUUGUUUUGUUGGAUUCCUAUCAACCAGAAGUUUCUGAACAUCCACUGGUCUAGGGGUGGUCACUCCACUGCAAGGCAGUAGAUAAUGUCAAGACUAAGACCAUAGUUCAAGUAUUUUUGGAGAUAUUAAGCGUACUGCCAUUCGAGAAAUAUAAGAAGCAGUGCUAUUCAGAAAAUUUUAACACGAAACCGUCGAAAAUGUAUGUUCGUUCAUUCUGCCAUAUCAGAAUAAAAUGGCUACCGAAACAAAGAUAUUCCCUAGUCUAAACCUGAAGCACAGAACGAUCAUCAUUGGAGUAAUGCAAAGUAUAGGCGCUUUCAUGUUCCUGGUCUUAUCAGCAGCGUAUGCAGAAAAUCCCCAUGAGCUGAUUACUAUGUCAGAUCCUUCUAUUGUUCCUGAUGUCAAAGUUCUAAGGAUAAUUCUCAUUACCAUAGCAACGGGAAGUGCGUUCCAGUGUGUAUUCUCCAUUUUGCUGAUAUUUGCUGCAGAAACGAAUCGGCCUGUCCUUGUCAUCCCAUGGUUGAUUCUGAAUCCUGCUGCAGUCCUUCUUUAUGUAUUAGGGACAUUGAUAGCCAUCAUCCACUACAGCGGAGAUAACGUGGUACCAUUCAUCAUUGGGCAUAUCCUCUUCGCUUUAAUUGUUACACGUUCCGAGAUCCCGAGGGUGAGGGCCGAAUUUGAAACAUGCUGUAUACAAUACAUUACAACGAGUAUUACACAGUAGAAGCGCAUUUUGGUUAUAGUUGGCCUGAAGGUGCACUGCGUAUGGAAAUUCUACAAGCACCUGAGAAGCCUCAACUUCUGAAGCACUGUCUUCCGGCAUUGUAAUUUACUCCGAUUUGUGUAUUUUUGUACUAUUUUAUCUUUGUGACAACUAUAGGCUAAAAUAACAGACGUGCAUGUUAACUGUUCAGUAUUUACUAUAUGAUAAACUAGUUAAGUACUCAUUUCUUGUUACGGAUUUUUAAGUGACACUGACUACAAUAGAUGCAGUAGAUGACUUUUUAAGUACAUGAAUAAAGCACUUUUCCA